UACAUCAUUACAGCAUCAAUAUUGCCGGAGGAUAUCACCGGAGUUUGAAUAACUCCUUCCCCUUUUUUUCUUUUUUUUUUUUUUCUCUCUUCCGAACGUGGUCAAGAUGCUGGGGGUCACCAGCAGUGCCUUUCUCCUGCUGGCCGUCUUCUUAACUUGGGCAAUCGUCAAGUCCAAGCUAAAGAAGCGCCGCAACAAUGCAAAGGCCGCGGCGCUCGGGUGCUUGCCGCCGCCGGUGCUGCGCAGCACGAACCUGAUCGGCAACUCGAUCCUGCGAGAGUCCAUGCGGGCCACCAAGGAGGACCGCGGGCCGCAGUACAUCGCCGAGAAGCUGGACGGCAUCUCCCGGGACUGCCACACCGUCAAGGUGCCCAUCGUCGACUACGAGGUCGUCGUGACCCGCGACCCCGAGAACGCCCGCGCGCUCUUCACCAGCCCCGACUUCGAUAUCAGCCACCACCGCCAGCUGAGCUGGAUGCCGCUCCUGGGCAAGGGCAUCUUCACGAGCCGCGGCGACGUCUGGAAGCACAGCCGCGCGCUCCUGCGGCCCCAGUUCGCCCGCGAGAUGAUCAGCAACCCGCAGCUCGAGGAGCACCACCUGCAGAACCUGUGGGGGCAGCUGAGCGCCGACGCCGCCACGGGGUGGACGUCCAGGGUCGACCUCGCGCCGCUCUUCUUCAAGUUCACGCUCGACACCGCGACCGAGUUCAUCUUCGGCCGCUCGGCCAACUCGCUGCUGGAGCGCGACGGCGCCCGGGAGGACCUCAGCCGCCACUUCAACGCGGCCAAGGUGUGGAUCGACAAGCGCGGCGCCCUGGCCAAGUUCUACUGGCUCAUGAACAGCACCGAGUUCAAGGAGCACUGCGCGGCGAUCCACAAGUUCGCCGACGGCCUCGUCGCCGACCGGCUCGCACAUCCGCCUGAGAAGGAAAAGAAGAAGAAGACGGCAGCCGACCUCGAAAAGGGGAAGGGGGCCGCCACCGCGCGCUUCAACCUGCUCGACGAGCUGGCCAAGGAGACGCAGAACCCGCGGGAGCUGCGCAACGAGACGCUGCACGUGCUGAUCGCGGGGCGGGACACGACGGGGUGCCUGCUGGGGUGGGUGGUGUACUUCCUAGCGCGGCACCCGGACGCGUACGCGCGGCUGCGGCGGGAGGUGGUGAACCAGUUCGGGGAGGGGCCCGCGGACUUCCGGCGGCUGAGCCAGCUGGCGUACCUGCAGUGGGUGAUCAACGAGACGCUGCGGGUGGCGACGGUGAUCCCGCUGAACGAGCGCAUCGCGCUGCGGGACACGGUGCUCCCCCGGGGCGGGGGGCCCGACGGGAAAGCCCGCGUGUUCGUCCCCGAGGGCACCCAGGUGCUCGUCCCGCUGUACGCCAUGCAGCACCGCGCGGAUAUCUGGGGCCCGGACGUCGAGGAGUUCCGCCCCGAGAGGUGGGAGACGCAUCGGGCCGGGUGGGAGUUCAUUCCGUUUGGAGCCGGAGCGCGGAAGUGUCUUGGUCAGCAAUUUGGUCGCCAGGAGGUAAGCUACGUGGUGUCCCGGUUCUGCCAGAAGUACGACCGGAUCGAGAACGUGGAGGAGGGCGACGGUAGGAUCCGGCUUCAUCAUGCUAUUGAAAACCGGUCCGGAACUGGUGUGCAAGUGCGGCUGCACGAGGCGAAGGCUGCCAGGGCGUGAGAUGGUCUGCUGGUGUAGUUUUAUGUGAUGUUCUAUGUAAUGUUCUAUGUAAUGCUCUAUGUAAUGGUUAAUAAAUUUUGUAAUAUCUACGAACGGAACCAGGACUACUCGAAUACGCGAUAGGCUAGAAAAUACAGUCCUUGCUGGUGC